AUGGGAUAUAAUCCGCGUCAGAAACCACCGCAUUUCCAGGAGCUCUCAGCUAUGGAGGGGAUGUGUAUCUGGGUUGUCUGUACUGAAGACGAAGAUAUCACCAGAGGGGAUUAUGCCGUUGUUCCUAUCCCCGGAAAGAGUGAUCAGCGUGUCCUGGUGGACAUGGGUAAGGUAAGGCCACGGGAAAGGCCAGGUUGUUCGAGAAUGUCGACGGAAUUCAAAGCACCCGUGGGACAGUCGAGCACACGGGAUUUGACGAUCGUUGCAACGGCGGUGCCUUUUACUGCGUCUCAUAUCAACAAAUUCGACAACCUUCAUCCCAACAUUCAGACGGCUCGCCGACGUUUUCGGGAGCUACGCUGCACUUCAACUGUCGAUGUUCCUAAUGCUGACUGGGAGCAUUCUCUGCGCGGCCGCUCAGAGAUGGGUCAUGUUGCUGCUUGGUCGAUCCUUAUAGGGCACUGGUUGCCAAUGGAGCUCGACUGUCAUAGCUGUACCAUCUGGGGCUCGCGCUACCGGGCGUAG